AAAUUCGUUAAUUUGAGAUCCCGCGCGCCAAGGCUCUGUGAAUGAGUCCGAUACUACCCAAAAUCGGGUUCUUUUCUUCGAUUUUCAUCUUUACAUCAAUAACAUCACGAAAAUAAUGGACCCACAGAAGCUAGUUGAGAUCCUACAAGGGACUAUUCAUCCGGAAUUGAGAGAAACUGCGGAGAAACAACUUGAUGAAGUUCAUAAAAUCAUCGGAUUCACUCCUACAUUGCUGCAUACAGUGAUGGAUGAGAAUCACCCCUUCCUCGUCCGCCAGGCCGGCGUCAUCUAUCUCAAGAACAUGGUAACCCAGUUCUGGCAACAGAGGGAGGUCGAGACUCCUCUUGAACCGAUCCCGUUCAGCAUCCACGAGAACGACAAGAAUCUCAUCCGGGACAACAUCAUCAAAGCCAUCAUCUCUCUCCCAGAACUCCUAAGAGUUCAGCUAUGUGUGUGUCUGAGCACAAUGUUGAAACAGGAUUACCCUGGAAAGUGGGAAGGAGUUGUACCAUCCAUUGUGGGAUACAUAAGCUCUGAUGACACCUCCGUUUGGUUUGGAGGAUUCCUGGCAGUCUAUCAACUAGUCAAGAAUUACGAAUUCAAGCAACCUGAGGACCGAGGUCCAUUGAAGGAUGCGAUGAAGUUACUCUUACCCUGGAUGUCACAGCGAUGCGCCCAGUGUUUACCGGACGCAUCGGAACCCUCGGUGCUUCUCCAGAAACUCAUCCUCAAAAUCUUCUAUGCUCUUAUCCAGUACAAUCUACCACAAGAUGUAGUCACCAGGGAAGUCUUCUCCCAGUGGAUGGAUAUCAUCACCGCCAUCUUGGAACACCCAAUACCAGCAAGCACAUUAGAGGUUGAUGUAGAUGAUAGACCAGAGUUACCUUGGUGGAAAGCAAAGAAAUGGUCCCUUCAUAUACUCUCCAGAGUCUUUGAAAGGUAUGGAAGUCCGGGUAAUGUUACUAAGGAAUAUGUCAAGUUCUCGGACUGGUAUCUUAAAAAAUUCACAGUUAGCGUCUUGACCAAUGUGCUGCGCAUACUGGAGCAAUACAGACUGAAGAACUAUGUAGCUCCUCGAGUCAUGCAGCUAGCUCUCAACUAUCUCAACACAGCUGUCAGUCACGGUCACUCUUGGAAGAUUAUCAAACCUCAUAUUGAUACGAUGAUCCAAGAUGUGUUAUUUCCAUUGAUGUGUUACACCGAUGAAGAUGAUGAACUCUGGAGAGAUGACCCCUAUGAAUAUAUCAGACUGAAGUUUGAUGUCUUUGAAGACUUCAUAUCUCCUGUGACUGCCGCUCAGACGGUCCUCCACUCUAGCGCAAGCAAAAGGAAAGAGGUUCUCUCGAAGACCAUGGGCUUCUGUAUACAAGUCAUCACUGAACCCAAUGUAGACCCUCGCAAGAAAGAUGGCGCCCUUCAUAUGAUUGGAACGCUUGCUGAAAUCCUCCUCAAGAAAAAGAUCUACAAGGACCAAAUGGAGCAGAUGCUGGUGUCCCACAUUUUCCCAGAAUUCUCGAGUCCUCAUGGCUACAUGAGAGCCAGGGCCAACUGGGUGGUGCACUCUUUCAGCGAGGUGAAAUUCCGCUCCGAAGCGAACCUGAUGCAAGCCUUAGAGUUGACGAGAAAGUGUCUGAUCAGCGAUACGGACAUGCCUGUUAGGGUUGAAGCUGCCUUUGCCCUUCAGAUGUUGAUCACCAGUCAUGACAAAGGAAAAGAACUCAUGGAACCGCACGUCAAGGAAGUCAUCACAGCUCUUCUUGUUGUGAUACGAGAAACAGAGAACGAUGACUUGACCAAUGUAAUGCAGAAGCUCAUAUGCACCUACGGUGACGAGAUUAUACCCAUCGCUGUUGACAUCACAACCCACUUGGCUGAUACCUUUUCAAAUGUAAUAAAUAGUGAUGAUGCCUCUGAUGACAAGGCUAUAACAGCUAUGGGAAUACUCAACACGAUAGAGACUAUUCUCAAUGUGGUCGAAGACAAAGAGGAGAUUGUUUUGGAGCUUGAGAAGAAGAUUCUACAGGUUGUCGGUGUUGUGCUUAGGAACCAUGUAAUAGAUUUCUACGAGGAAGUGUUUUCGUUGAUCUUCAGUAUGACAUGUACCCACGUCUCUCCACCCCUUUGGGAAGUCUUCUAUUACCUCUUUGAGACCUUUGCUGCUGAUGGAUUUGAUUUCUUUGUUGAAAUGAUGCCAGCUCUUCAUAAUUACGUCACCACCGACCCUACUGCCUUUGUUAGUCAGCCUAGACAUCUUCAAAUCAUCUAUGAGAUGUGUAAAAAGGUACUAACUGAGGAAACAGAUGAAGAUGCUCAAAGCCAUGCUGCCAAACUUCUUGAGGUCGUCCUUAUCCAAUACAAGGGACAGAUAGAUGAUGUGGUGCCACUUUUUGUUGAGCUUGCCCUAGCCAGGCUGACGAGGGAGGUGAAGACGACUGAACUCAGGCAGAUGUGCCUUCAGGUUGUAAUAUCAGCACUCUACUACAGCCCUCUCAAACUCUUAGAACUCUUAGACAAGGUUAGGAUACCAAACACCAAUGAGGCAGUUACUGUACAGUUCAUCAAGCAAUGGCUCAAAGACACAGAUUGCUUCUUAGGGCUUCAUGAUCGUAAGAUGUGUGUCCUUGGUAUGUGCAUGCUGCUAUCGCUACCAAACAGACCAGCUGUCGUCAAUGAAAUGGCCAACGAGUUCUUACCAUCUCUUCUUCUCCUCUUCAAAGGCCUCAAGCGAGCAUAUCAAUGUCGGGCUGAAGCGGAGGAGGACGAUUCGGAUGAAGAGGAGGAUGAUAGUGAUUUUGAAGAAGAUGAGCUGGACAGUGACGAAGAUGAGAUUGAUGAAGAUGGUGCCGAAUAUCUGGAGAGAUUAGAGAAAGCGGCUGCUGAUAGAAACGAUGAUGAUGAUGAUUAGGUAUAUGAAGAGACUGCUUUAGAGGGAUACAACACAAUUCUAGAUGAUGACGAAGAUGCUGAUGAUGAGUACAUCGUCUUCAAGAACAUCAUGAAAACUAUCCAGGCGACAGAUAACGGUUGGUACAACGCCCUCACGAGUCAGUUGACACCGGAGCAACAGCAGGAGCUUCAAGAAAUAGUUGUUUUAGCCGACCAAAGAGCUGCAGCAGCAGAAUCCAAGAAGAUCGAGCAGGCCGGUGGUUACAAGUUUGAGACCACUACAGUUCCUACUUCUUUCAACUUCGGAAACGGAGGAUCAUGAGUGUCUGACUUCAAGACUAGCACUACAUGUACAUCCAU